GCUUAGCUAGCAAGUAAGGUAACAAUUAUUUAGGGAGGUGGCUAGAAACGGUGCAGCGGUCCAAGGCACUGCAUCGCUGUGCUAGAGGCGUCACUACAGACCCUGGUUCGACUCCAGGCAGUAUCACAACCGGCCGUGAUUGGGAGUCCCAUAGGGCGUCGCACAAUUGGCCCAGCGUCGUUAGGGUUUGUCCGGGGUAGGCCGUCAUUGUAAAUAAGAACUUGUUCUUAACUGACUUGCCUGGUUAAAUAAAAGCCUAACUCGGCUUGAACCAGGACCGACUAGCUGUGCUUGUGGAGACGACGAUCUCGUCAUAUUCAUCGUCUACUAAAGCCCAGCCAGAUUAUACAGUAUAAACAGUCCUGGAAUGUUCACAGACAUGGACUAUGAGUUGGAGGAGGACAAACUGGGGAUCCCUACAGUCCCUGGGACUAUAUCCCUGAAAAAGGAUGCUCAGAACCUGAUAGGGAUCAGCAUCGGGGGUGGGGCGCAGUACUGUCCCUGUCUCUACAUUGUACAGGUCUUUGACAACACCCCUGCUGCUCUGGAGGGGACUCUGGCGGCUGGCGAUGAGAUCACAGGAGUGAACGGCAAACCUGUGAAGGGCAAGACAAAGGUGGAGGUGGCAAAGAUGAUUCAGGCUGUCCAGGGAGAAGCAACGAUCCACUACAACAAGCUGCAGGCUGACCCCAAACAGGGGAAGUCACUGGACAUAGUGCUGAAGAAGGUGAAGCACCGCCUGGUGGAGAACAUGAGCUCUGGUACAGCUGACGCUCUGGGGCUCAGCAGAGCCAUACUCUGCAAUGAUGGUCUGGUGAAGAGACUGGAGGAGUUGGAGAAAACAGCAGAGCUGUACAAAGGCCUGAUGGAGCACACGAAAAGACUGCUCAGAGCCUUCUUUGAACUCUCUCAGACACACAGAGCGUUUGGAGAUGUGUUCUCUGUGAUCGGGGUACGGGAGCCUCAGGCUGCAGCCAGUGAGGCCUUUGUGAAGUUUGCUGAGGCCCAUCGCAACAUGGAGAAGUACGGUAUCCAGCUGCUAAAGACCAUCAAGCCAAUGCUCCAUGACCUGAACACCUACCUUCAUAAGGCUAUACCAGACACCAAGCUCACCAUCCGCAAAUACCUGGAUGUCAAAUUUGAGUACUUGUCUUACUGUCUGAAAGUGAAGGAGAUGGACGAUGAAGAGUACAGCUGCAUUGCGAUGGGAGAGCCCAUGUAUCGCGUCGGUACCGGGAACUACGAGUACCGGCUUGUGCUGCGGUGUCGACAGGAGGCCCGUACUCGGUUCGCCAAGAUGAGAAAGGAUGUGCUGGAGAAGAUUGAGCUACUGGACCAGAAACAUGUCCAGGACAUCGUGUUCCAGCUGCAGCGUUUUGUGUCAGGCAUGUCGCGCUACUACGACGAGUGCUAUGCCGUGCUGAAGGAUGCUGACGUUUUCCCCAUCGAGGUGGACCUCUCCCGCACAAUGAUCAACUACGGCAGCCAGUCAUGCUCCUUCACAGAAGAAGAGGAGGAGGAGGGAGGUGGAAGUGAAGAACAGGAUGGGGGUGCUGGCAAGCAGGCUGAGAACGGCGCUGAAAAACUGAUUGAUGAUUUUUGAGAGUUAAUAUGAUUGUUUUCUGAAGCAAAGUUCCGCCUACGUCUACCAACUGCCACUCUGCAUUUAUUUAGCAAUGAUUAGUUAAAUAUGUGGAAAUGGUCAGCAAAGUCAUCACAAUGGAAAAUACUACUGUGAAUUGCUGCUAUUCAACUGUACUGGAACUAACUAUUGCAACCUACUGUAACCAAUACCAUUUCCACAACUGACAGCCAUCACUGUAACUAACUUUGUGGCGCUUGAAUCGAUUCAAUGGGUUUUUUCUGGGUCAGUUUAUUCUGCAAGUUUAUUUCUAGUUCUUACCAAACACGCAUAUCAGAUUGGUGGAUGAUAUUUCCCUAAAAAAUGUUAUAUCGUUGCUAAAUGAGUGCAGCAUAGUAUGUUACAGAAUGAUUGGGCAAAGUGUAUUUAUAUCUACAGGUUGUAGGAGGUGCUGAUGCUUCAGUUUAGGCGUGUAUAUAUGUUUGGGGUGCCUUCAGUCUCAUUUGAAUCAUAUGUGAACAGAUGAGUCUAUUCUCAACAAGUGGCCAGUCCUGUGUCUUGAUGAGAUGACAGCGGUUAAAUGCUGUUCCCAAUAAAAUGAUGUAGUCAUUUGGGGCGAGCACAUGAUUAAGAGAGAUCAAUAACCAGGGCUGGCCACAGACCAAAAUGGGACUCAUUUUCCAUUGACACAAGCCCUGAUGUUACAAGUUUAACAGUCCCACUCAAUAUUUUGCAUUCUAUCUGCACUGAACCACAUGACAUUUUAAUGGGGUAGCUGAACAUAGUAGUGAGGUACAAAUCACUUGUAAAGGAUGAGUGUGCAAGGGCAAGGUUCAGCCCGAACAGCAUUUUAAACUGUAUGAAGGAACCUCGGUCAAAUUAAAUGUUAUAAUUCCACUGUGUUUUUUGUUACUUGUCUUUUUCUGUCAUUGUAAAGGAUUUCUCUGUCUCGCUGCUGCACCCGAUGCUAGAUUCUCAGCCCCACUACAGUUUAAUAAUCAUAAAACAAGUGCAGUAGAGGGCUGUGUUGUUUCAAAUUGGAAUGUAUUUAAUCAAAGGGACCUUUGUUGUCUUAUGUUUUGAUUUGUCAACUACUGAACUGUAUUGAUUUUGUGCUGAAGCUUUAAUCUGGUUACAUUGCUACUCUUGCUCAGUUCCACAAACAAAGUGAACCUUGAACAUUAUACCAAUUUGAUAUUUUUGUGUAAAUUCUUUUUAUUUUGCUCUAUGCUUCAUGUAUUAUUCAAAUACAGUAUGUGUCCAUUGUGAAAACCAUGGGCUCAUAAAGGAUUUACAAUAUAAAAAUAUACCGGAAUUUACAUUGCUGGAGCUUCCAGAAUGUCUUAUUUUAUGAAGAUAUUGAAUGUUUUUAUUUCUUAUGGGUGUUUUACUCUUGUGUUGAGCUCUUCUGUCUUUGUUUAUGUUACAUGUUGUGUGGCAGAAGGAUACAUGAAUUAUUCAGAUUUAAUUAAAGUUUCUGCAAAAAAACA